GCACAUCAUUCAACUGUGCCACAUUCCUCACUGCUGCUGCACCUUAGUCAUGGUCACCAGCAGUGAAUGGAUCAAAAACCUGGACUGCAAUUCCUCGGUCUGGGUGACGAAAGAUCAACGAGAAUCAGGUCUCAAGUACCUAGUAGAAAAACAUGCCAGGCAGGGCGCGGCCAUCACCGCUCGGACCUUGUCCGGGCUCAUGGCCAACGGGGAGGAGGAGCAACAACGACUUGAGGCUCAAAAAACUCAGAAACGACAACGAGAAGGAGAAGUAAAUGACCUGAUGGCAGAGAUGGCUCGUUUAGAGGAAGAAGGUGCGAAGCCUUCCACACCUUCAGUGGGUCUCUUCGCACGUCAGGCAGCAAAGGAUGCCAAAGGAAAGAAGCCAUUGAUUGUGGUCAAGAAGCCCAAAGUUGACGAGGCUCCAAGUGAGCCGAAGAAGGAGGAGCAGCAGGCCUUGGUUCCUGCCAGCGAAGCCAGCGGCUUGUUGGGAGCAUACAGCAGUAGCGAGGAAGAAGAGGACGAGGAAUCAAGUGAGAGAUGACGGCUGGUAGACCCUUGAGAGGUGCCAUGCGGAUUCUGAUCAAAU